GGUAAAUAUUGAACUUGUGUCUUUGUAAUUUUAAUUUUUAUCAAAAUUACAUGAUUUUAGUACAAUGUUAUAUCUAUCAUUACUUAGAUUGAUGGUGUUCAAACAGAAAGGUAUGAAAGUAGUGAUUACAGGAUCAUCUGGCUUAAUGGGAAAAGGAGCAUUGCUGCAAUGCGUCAAAGACAGUAGAGUGGAAGAAGUGUUAAUAAUCAACCGAAAGAGCAUUGGUUUUAACCAUCCGAAGGUGAAGGAAAUUUUAUUGACGGAUAUGUUCGAAUUGGAUUCCAUUAAGGAGGAGUUGAAGGGCUACGAUGCUUGCUUCUUUUCAAUUGGUAUUACUGCUUUUCGGGCAAAGGAAGAAUAUUAUCACAAAAUGACGUUUGGUCUUACAAAAUUGUUUGCCGACGUUCUCUGGCAGCAAAAUCCGGAUCUGACGUUUUUAUAUAUAUCAGCAGAGGGCAGUGAUCCUACAGAAAGUAGUGGGUCUUUUUGGAAAGAUGCUAGGGGGAAAACUGAAAAUUAUAUCAUUCAUUCUGGGAAAAAAGGAUAUGUUUUUCGUUUAGCAGUUAUAAAACCGAUAGGAGAGGUUAGUUCCAGAACAUACGGAGCUGCAGAACCCGUUGUAAAAGUACUCUACCCAGUCUUAAGAUGCCUUGCUCCAAAUAAGGUAACCACCACCGAAAAUAUAGGAAAAUCCUUCUUAAACAUUGUCGAAAAGGGAAAUGAUAUAAAGUUGCUUCAAUCAAGAGCAAUAAAUGCGCUGGCAGCUCAAUAAGGCCUAGAAUUACGGAUAAGUGGCAUUUCUCUUGAAUGGUUUUUAAUGGCUAGAUUUUGAUGAAAGUUUCCUAACCAAUUAUUACAAAUAAAUUACAACUUUUAAUGAUUUAUUUCAAUGCAGUCAUUGCUGUUCUCACCUCACUGAUAAUAAACACUUCAAAACAAACAAUACCAA